CGAACUUUGCCGAAUAAUCAGUAACGAAGUCGGAAGUUGACGAAGUGCCGCUAAUUACAGUGUUAAUAUUAUCGUUUUAUAUUUCGUGAUUAUCUCAAUCAUUAAAAUAAUAACAAAAGGAAAUAAGAUGAAGGUUAUGUAAAACUGGAAAAUAUAACCUAAAAAUUCGAGAAUCCGAGAUUUCUAAACAAUUUUCACUAUUGCAUUGAAGUAAUAAACAAUUAAAGAAUGUCAAUUCCUAUUUUACGUUCAGUUUUUCUGUCACAACGAUGUUCGCCACGAAUUCUACAACAGACAAGGCAAGUAAAUACAAGCAGAGCAUUAUUCCAAAAAACAUCAAAAAGUACAGAGGAAUAUAAGAUAAAGUUAAUCACUUGGAAAUCAGUUGUUGCUGGAGUGGUAAUUGGUGGUGGUUUUUUGGGUUAUAUGUAUAAAUUGAAGAACGAAAAAGAUAUACGAAUAGAACGGGAAAGAAGACGAACUAUUGGAAAAGCACAAAUUGGAGGAACAUUUGAACUUGUAGAUUCUUCAGGAAAAUUAGUGAAAUCAACAGAUUUUCUCGGCAAAUGGAUGUUAAUUUACUUUGGAUUUACACAUUGCCCUGAUAUUUGUCCUGAAGAACUCGAAAAAUUGGCAUUAAUUGUCGAUACAUUGGAGGAUAAACACAAAUUGGAGGUUCAGCCGAUAUUUAUUUCCGUUGAUCCUGACAGAGAUACGCCAGAACUAGUUGACAAAUAUACAAAAGAAUUUUCGAGUAAACUACUAGGCCUCACUGGCACCAAAGAACAAGUCGAUAAAGUUUGUAAAGCCUACAGAGUUUAUUAUAGUAACGGUCCAAAGGAUGUGGAUAAUGACUAUAUUGUUGACCACACGAUAAUUAUUUAUUUGGUGGAUCCCGAUGGCCUGUUUUUGGACUACUACGGCCAGACUCAUACUGCUAAUCAAAUAGUCAACAGUGUUAUAAUAAACCAAGCAAAAUACGAUAAAAUCAAAAAAGACGGUGGCAUCUUAUCGUUGUUCGGCAGUGAAAAUAAAGAACCAGCUUAGUUAUUGAAAAAAUAGUCGCAAUUGAAAAAAAUGAAAAUAUUUUUCAAUUUUUUUAAUUUCAAUUCGUAAGCAAAACUUUUUAUUUAUUUUUUCAAUAAAAGUUUCAAACUCUCAA